CUGCUCGACACACCCUCUUCCAGCUCCUAUCUUCUUCCUCUCCCUCUAUCACAAUGCCAAAAGCCAAACGGAAGAACCAUGGCGGCGCUGAAAGCUCACCCUACGCCAAACCCGCUGCAAAAAGCGCGACAGCGAACUCGAUAUUCAAGAUGAACACAGAUCUCGGACAGCAUAUAUUAAAGAAUCCGGGUGUAGCAAGUGCCAUCGUGCAGAAAGCGAAUCUGAAGCAAUCUGACCACGUCCUCGAAGUCGGUCCCGGAACGGGCAACCUCACAGUCCUCAUACUCAAAGCCGCAAAAUCCGUGACUGCGGUAGAAAUGGAUCCGCGCAUGGCUGCCGAGCUCACGAAGCGUGUCCAAGGUACACCCGAAGGCCAAAGAUUGAAGGUCCUACUCGGAGAUGUCAUCAAGACGGAACUGCCCUACUUUGAUGUCUGUAUCUCCAACACCCCCUAUCAGAUCUCCUCGCCCUUGGUCUUCAAGCUAUUGAGCCUGCCACGGCCACCCCGGUGUUGCGUCCUCAUGUUCCAGCGCGAAUUCGCCAUGCGUUUGUUCGCCAAACCCGGCGAAAAACUCUACUCGCGCCUCUCAGUCAACGCGCAGAUGUGGGCAAAGAUCAGCCACGUUAUGAAAGUCGGACGAAACAAUUUCAAUCCCCCACCCCAGGUCGAGUCGAAUGUCGUGCGAAUCGAACCUAAGAACCCGCGGCCGCAAAUAAGCUAUGAGGAAUGGGAUGGGCUGCUGAGAGUAUGUUUCGUGCGGAAGAACAGGACGCUGAGGGCGGCAUUUCUGGGCACGAGUGCGGUCAUAGAUAUGUUGGUUAGGAACUACAGGCUCUGGUGUGCCCAAAACGACAUCCCGCUCCACGAUGGACCAGCUGCUGGAGAAGGUGAAAUCGAGAAUAUGGACACCGACACAGCCAGCGCCGAGGAAGAGGAAGAGUGGAAUGGUAUCAUGGACGUUGACGAAGACGGAGAUGAAGUCCCCAAUUUCUUUGCAGAGGAGAAAAAGAAGGGCACUCUUGGCAAGAAAUCAAGAGGUAAAGUGACAGACCUGGUUAAGGAGAAGAUAAGAAAGGUGUUGGAAGAUGAGACGAAACUGGCUGAGAAACGGGCAAGGAUGUGUGAUGAGGGCGACUUCUUGAAGCUGCUGUAUGCGUUUAAUCAGGAGGGCAUUCACUUCAGUUAAGAGGCAACCAGUGGGCAAGGUCAAAGAGAUGGAUAGAAUCUCGCAUUCAUUUUAUGGAGUCCAGAGGUGGCUUAUGGGAUCUGUUGGCAUCAGGGCAUACCAAAAACGCGGCAUUAGCGCAGGUGUUUAUGGCAGUGGAU